AUGACAGUGAAGGCAAUGAGCCUCGUAGGCCUUCAAAAUAAAUUAAGUUCAUCUGGCUUGCCCCACGAGUUGGUAAACAUUUUGGACAGUAGAAGAAUCCGACGUAAAGCCAAAUCAAUGGCACUAGUGCUACCGUCCAUUGCUUCACUUCGAAUUGUUCUUGCCAGUGGUUCCAAGCAACGUUUGACACUUCUUAAACAAAUCGGAUUAGAACCCAUUAUACGAGUAUCAAAUUACGAUGAAAACCUAAGUAAAGACCUACCUGUCAAUGAAUACGUAUGUGAGGUAGCACGGAUCAAGGCAGAGACGAUUGCAAAACUUAUGGAUAUCAAAGAUUACGAUGUGAUUAUUGGUUGUGAUACGGUGGUCCUAUUUGACAACGAUAUUAUCGGUAAGCCAGUUGAUGAAGAGGAUGCUCGAGCUACUCUACGAAGACUAAAUGGAAAUUUGCAUGAAGUUUACACUGGCGUAGCAAUCAUCGAUAACAAUCAACAAUGUGAACAAUUUGUAGAGCGAACAGCUGUCAAAUUCUGCCGGAUUCCGGAAAUUGUUAUCAAAGAAUAUGUUGCUUCUGGCGAACCAUUUGGUCGAGCUGGUUCCUAUGGUAUUCAAGGCUGUGGAGGAAUAUUUGUCGAAAAAAUUGAUGGCUGCUAUUAUAAUGUUGUUGGAUUACCAAUAAAUCGAUUGAUGAAAGCUCUCUGGAAAAGGGUCGGUUUAAAAUGA